AUGGCCAGCACUAGAAGUAAUAAUAGUAUCAUCAGAAGCGGCAGCAACACCUCUUCAUCAACAAGGAGAAAUUACUAUGACGUGUUUGUAAGCUUUAGAGGUACAGAUACUCGCCUCAAUUUCACUGAUCAUCUUUUUGGAGCCCUCCAAAGAAAAGGUAUUUUUGCAUUCAGGGAUGACACUAAGCUCAAUAAAGGUGAAUCCAUAGCACCUGAGCUCCUUCAAGCAAUUGAAGACUCUAGGAUUUUCAUAGUGGUAUUCUCUAAGAACUAUGCUUCCUCAACUUGGUGCUUGAGAGAAUUGGAACACAUCCUUCUUCACUGUGGUCAACUACUGGAAAAACGUGUUUUGCCUGUUUUCUAUGAUGUUGAUCCUUCUGAGGUGAGACAUCAAAAACAAACUUACGGCGAAGCCUUCGCUAUACACGAACAAAGAUUCCAACAAGACUUUGAGAAGGUGAUAAGAUGGAGGGCAGCUCUAGCACAAGUUGCAGAUCUCUCUGGCUGGGAUGUACGUCAUAAGCCACAAUAUGCAGAAAUUGAAAAGAUUGUUGAAGAGGUUAUAAAUAUAUCAACAAGGGGAAAUUAUUUUGAUGUGUUUGUGAGCUUUAGAGGUGAAGAUACUCGCUACAAUUUCACUGAUCAUCUUUUUGCAGCUCUCCAAAGAAAAAGUAUUUCUGCAUUCGGGGAUGACACUAAAGUCAACAAAGGUGAAUCCAUAGCACCUGAGGUUCUUCGAGCAAUCGAAUACUCUCGGAUUUUCAUAGUGGUUUUCUCUAAGAACUAUGCUUCCUCAACUUGGUGCUUGAUAGAAUUGGAAUGCAUUCUUGAACGCGCUCAAGCAUAUGGAAAACGAGUUCUGCCUGUUUUCUAUGAUGUUGGUCCUUCUGACGUGAGACGUCAAAAAGGACCUUAUGGCGAUGCCUUAGCUAAUCAUGAACAAAGAUUCCAACAAGACUCUGAGAUGGUGGAAAGAUGGAGGGCAGCUCUAACACAAGUUGCAAAUUUCUCUGGCUGGGAUGUACGUGAUAAGCCACAACAUGCAGAGAUUGAAAACAUUGUUGAAGAGGUUCAUAAAUAUAUUAGAUUGCAAAUGCACCGAGACCUAAAUUAG